AUGGGAGGUCCCGGAGAGAAAGUCGUCUUACCGAAUACUCAGAACAAACGAAGGAAGAAAAAGAAUAAUAAGAAGAAGGCCAACCAACCACCACAAGCUUUGCCGAAACUACAGCCAACCGUAGAUAAAAAUAAUCAAAAUGGUACGACACCAAAGAAAAACGGAGACGGACUGAAACAGGACGCUCGAAAUGGGCAUGAGUAUGCGGCGACGAAUCCAAAGCUGGCUGGCCAACAACCUGUCGUCGGAGCGCGUAUCGAUUUUCCGAAUGCUGGAGCAACGUUGAGCCAUUCAAGUUUAUUCUCACACUUUGCCUCGCCCGACAUAUUCCCUACUAUUCUAUUAAUGUUCGUCGUGUUAUUCUGCCGAUGGCUGAAUGGUGGCGUCGGUUGGAGAAGCAAUGCUACGCCGUCACAACGUCGCCGUCGUUACCUAUUUGGGACCGAUGAGACGAUUGAACUUGAUGAUCACGAGUCUUAUAAUGAGACCGAUGUCUGCAUGCAGUUGUUCGCCACCGCUCCUGAUGUUCGCUGUAAUAUAAGCGUCGGACAACAGAAUCACGAUCGAUUCUACUUUUUUGUCAAAAAUUCUUCGCCGAGUGCGGUUGAGAACAAUGUUUCACUAGAUGAAACCUGCACUUUGAAGGAAGAAGAAGUAGAAAAGCAAGAAGCCGUUGAAGAAGAUGAAGAGGUCAACUUGGUGUUCGUCAGAGCGGAAGAUGAUUAUACGGUUGUUGGAAAGUUGGACGAACCGGUUUUCGAAAAGGGUUCGACGUCGAUCGUCGCGCUGGAAUUGGACGCGAGUUCGCUGAAAUCGGAAAACGGUUCCGAUGAACAAAUGUCGUCGUGCGUUUCGAGCUCCGACGUCGAAUCUCAAGAGGAUUCCUAUCACAUUGACAUUGACUCGGAAGAAGAUGCACUGUCCCAGUUAAGCGGAACUGAGAAUGAGCCGAUGGAGUCAUGCCAGUCUGGAGAGGACGAUGAGGUUGAAGUGAAAGCAGAAGACGAGGAUGAAGAAGAAGAUCAGGUAGAACCACAAAAGCCACAAGAACCGGUUCCAGAGGAAGAAGAGACGUCGAAGUAUGAGAAUAUGCAAUCAACUGCUACUGAGACGGUUGGAACUGAGGACUCAUCGAGCUCUACAGGAUCUGAUGCGGAUUCAUAUGAUUCGGAGGACAUCGAACAUCAAAUGUUUGAGUAUCCGCUCGAUAUUCCAUCAACGUCUCUGACGAUUCCCAGGCCCAAAUUCGUAAAGAAUUUAAUAAUGCGGGAUUACGAGAAUGAUGACAUCCGUGAGAAGAAUGGAAGCGCUAGUCCGGGACGAAGUGAUUCGCGAGGCGGCGCAAUUGGCGGCCAGUAUGGAUGCGGGCAUCUGUCGGAUUCAGCCGAUGAGCAAGCGGUACAGGAGGAGGUUCUUGGAUCUGACGAUGAGGAGCAGGAAGAUCCAAAGGACUAUCGUAAGGGUGGAUAUCAUCCAGUAAAUAUUGGCGAUGUCUUUAAUUCUCGAUAUCAUGUUAUUCGCAAACUUGGCUGGGGACAUUUCUCAACGGUAUGGCUGUGCUGGGACACGCAGUCCAAAAUAUUUGUGGCGCUCAAAAUUGUGAAGUCGGCCGAACAUUAUUCGGAAGCGGCACUCGACGAGAUCAAAUUGUUGUUGUCGGUGCGAGACGCGGAUCCGUCGGAUCCUGGAUGCGACAAGAUCGUCAAACUGCACGACGAGUUCACCGUGGACGGCAUCAACGGCACACACGUCGCCAUGGUAUUCGAGGUUCUUGGUUGCAAUUUGCUGAAACUGAUCAUUCGGUCAAAUUAUCGCGGUCUUCAUUUGGAGCAAGUGCGAAAAAUUUGUAAACAAAUUUUGGAAGCUUUGCGGUACAUGCACGAGAAAUGUCAAAUAAUUCACACCGACAUCAAACCAGAAAAUGUGCUGAUUACGAUGACCCGCGAGGAGAUCAAGAUAAUGGCUCAACACGCUGUUGUUGCACGUAAAAUGAACUUGAAACUGAGCGGCUCAGCCGUUAGCACGGCUCCUCAACAUUUGCAGAAGAAAUUGCUCGAGAACUGCAAUAAAAACCGGAAGAAGAAGCUGAAGAAGAAGGCGAAGAAGCAGCGCGAGAAGCUCGAAUCCGAACUUGCCGGACUUGAAGGUCUUAAAAUGGAUGCUAAUGGACUUCAGGAGGCUUAUAACAAUGCGCCGGCGAAUGGCGUCCGAAUGCGUCCGCCGUCGUUGCUCCUCAACGGUCCGAUUCCGCAAUUGUUGCAAGGCUCGAUCGGUUCGACGCCAGUGACGCCACAAGCGCAAAAAGGCGGCGUCUGCAAUCAGACCUACCAUCUUGUACAGGUAGCGAAACUCGUUGAAAUUGAUGGAAGUCGAGACGCAACACAAGUAGAAGAUGUUAACGAGGAGGACCUCAAUAAUGGAAAUGGGCAGCAAGUUAACAUCAAAAGUCCGGCACCAUUCGACCGUACAACGGUUUCCCCAAUGUCCGAUCACGAGAUGAAGUUACCACUACAUGAGUUGCAAAGUCCUCUGUCGGAAAGCAUCAGCUCGCCAACGACUAUGCCGUUCAACGCAUCGCACUUGACAGGAAUUUUGCCUGCUCCUCCAGUUGGACCUGAUAUGAGCGAUCCCUAUGUUGAUAUUGAGGUGAAAAUUGCUGAUCUUGGAAACGCUUGCUGGGUCAAUCAUCAUUUCACCGACGAUAUCCAAACGCGGCAAUAUCGAGCGCUUGAAGUGCUGAUUGGUGCCGGAUAUGGCACACCUGCCGAUAUUUGGAGUCUUGCGUGUAUGGCAUUCGAACUCGCAACCGGAGAUUAUUUGUUCGAGCCCCAUCAGGGAGAGAAUUAUUCGAGAGAUGAGGACCAUUUGGCACACAUCUCUGAACUUCUUGGUCCAAUACCACCCUCUGUAUAUAAGAAGGGGCGACAUUGGCGGGAGUUCUUCAACAAGAAUGGCCGAUUACUUCACAUUUCACACUUAAAACCGUGGUCAUUGUAUGACGUAUUACGACAAAAAUAUGAAUGGUCUCAUCAAGACGCUGCGCAGUUUGCCAGUUUCCUUGAACCAAUGCUUGCAUUUGAACCGAGCUUAAGAGCGACAGCCGCCGAAGCGCUGAAACAUCCGUUCCUGCUGCCAUUUGGUGGUGGACCACCGAAGCCGGAUUGUCCUGAAGAGGUGAUUAAAAAAUUGUAUCCCGAUGGCAUAAUUCCUACAAGAUCUCACAUGAUGACACCGGAAGGACCUAUGAACCAAGAGAAUAGUAAUCGACGGCGCGGCGAUCGGCGCGAUAUCGAUGAAGAGGUGUCGGAAAUGGUCGUUGAAAGUGAAGAGGAGGUGAUGAGUAGUUCCUCGUUCAGUGAUGGACAAGGCGACGAGUCGGACUCGCACAACACCGAACGAGCCGGUCCGUCGAAAGUGAGCAUUUUUAUAUGA